AUGACUGUGUCGUUGGAAACCAUCGAUCUACCCCACCUGCCCUCGUCGCUGGCCGUCCACGUUGCGCUAUAUAAGGACGUACAAAAUGCUUCAUAUCUGCGGCAACAGCUGCUAUCUGCGAAUGCCGAGUUUGAAUAUGCUUUUAUUGAUGCAACCAUGAUUCUGUCUCGAGCGCAUGCAGUAGCGGCCAUAUUUCGCGCAGUCAACGACUAUUCAAAUGAGCGCCUCAAGUCCCGCAACGUUCACUCGGAAAUUGUCUUCUCGUUGAGCCCAACAAACAACAUAGCCGAUUCGUUUCGAAAAUUUGGUAUAAGUGAUAGCACAUGUAACCUACUGGUGGUGAAGGUUUCUAUGACUCCCAACAUGACGCAUGAGUCUGUCGCUGCGCAUCUGGCACAGCAUGUCCAGGGAUCCAGCAUACCAUUCACCGAUGCGGCACUCGCCCGAGUUUCCGACGUCGCUAAAAUAAAAAAAGCUUAUAAACUAGGAUCUUUGCCUUCGGCAGCCUCAAACCAGGCGAAUGGCGCUCAUAACGACGGGAAGAGACGUCUUGAACUUUCUGUGUUGGGAGCUAUUGCACUGCGGGGGGCCACAUGA